AUGGAGAGGUACAGCGGGACUGAGGCAAUGGAGGGGGCACCAGUGGAUCCGAUGGUGGAAUGGGCCGCUCCCGGCAAUGGAACCGGACUUGAAGUGCGUAUGUGGGAGUUGGGCCUCGGAGGUGGGCCCGAAUCGUACCCGGAGAGGCCCGGCGAGCCUGAUUGCGGAUAUUACUUGAAGACUGGAUUCUGUGGGUACGGUGCUCGGUGUCGUUUCAAUCAUCCCCGUGAUCGGAGUGCGGUGAUGGGACCAUUGAUGGCCUACGAUGGUGAUUACCCCGAACGUGUUGGUCAACCAGUCUGCCAGUACUAUAUGCGGACGGGAAUGUGUAAAUAUGGUGCUUUCUGCAAGUACCACCAUCCAAGACAGGGAGGUGGACCUUCUGGCUCGGUGACCCUAAAUUUUGAUGGAUAUCCAUUGCGACCGGGUGAAAAGGAUUGUUCAUAUUAUGUUAAAUAUGGGCAGUGCAAGUUCGGCACUACCUGUAAAUUUAAUCACCCGCACCCAUCUGGUUUACAUAUGCCAGUACCAGCUCGUGGGCCUGGAUCAUUGCCUACGCCAGCAACUGUACCUACACCGGUGGUCUAUCCAACUCCCUCCGUGCAUUCUUCCCAACAAUAUGGGAUAUUUCCUGGCAACUGGCCAGUUGCAAGACCGGCUGUCUUUCCACCUUCAUAUGUUUCUGGGGCUUAUGGUCACAUGCUUCUUCCCCCUGGAGUUGUUCCGGGUCCUGGUUGGACUCCCUACCCGGCUUCAGUUAGUCCUGUGGUCUCCUCAGACCCUCAACCAACUGUUGGAGCGGGCCCAAUUUAUGGGAUAACCCAGUUAUCUCCUUCAGCAACUGCCUACACAGGAGUGACAGUACCAUAUUUAUCCAUUACUUCUGCUGGCCUUUCAGACGGCCCUCAGCAGGAACAUGCAUUUCCAGGAAGACCCGGCCAGCCAGAAUGUCAGUAUUAUUUGAGAACUGGAGAGUGUAAGCAUGGACCUACAUGUAAAUAUCAUCAUCCACCAGAGUGGAAUGCACCAACUACAAAUUAUGUGCUUAGUCCACUGGGUCUUCCCUUACGCCCGGGUGCACCAGUUUGUAUUAACUAUUCACAGAACGCAGUAUGCCAGUUUGGACCUUUGUGCAGAUUCGAUCACCCUAUGAAGACUCUGAGUAGCAGUCCAUCAGCAUCUUCUCUUACUGAUAUGCCUGUUGCUCCAUAUCCUGUGGGAUCUAAUAAUGCAACUUUGGCUCCAUCAUCUUCGUCGUCAGAUUUGAGGCCCUACCUUAUUGCUGGGUUCGGAAGAGACUCCACAUCUCCCCAAAUGUCAUCUAUAAGCAGUACAGGUGCUUCAGCCAGUUCAAUUUAUUCACCAAGUGAGCCCAUUUCUCGUUCUAGCUUUCAGCAGUCGGGACAAGGUCCUGGAGGUGAGGUUCGUACUUCAAAUUGA